AUAAAAUUAAAUAUAUUUUAAUAAAAUAAAAAGUUUAAAAUUUUUUGUGUAAAAGUGUAAAAAUAAAUUUUUACAAAAAUAAAAACAAAAUAACAAUAUGUUUAAAUUAAAACUACAACAAUUUGUACUGCAAUUGUGUUUGCUGGCAGUAUGUUUAAAUAUAGCCCUGGCCUGUCGUGGCAAAUUAUUGGCUGCUGGCAUCACAGAAGAAGAAAAAGAUAUAAUUUUAAAAGAACACAAUAGAUUAAGGCAAACAGUGGCCACUGGUCGUUAUCCUGGACAACCGGGUGCUGAAAAUAUGCGUGAAAUUGUAUGGGAUAAUGAGCUGGCACAGAGAGCUCAACAGUGGGCAGAGAAUUGUGAAUUUAGACAUGAUCCUCAUAGGACCAUAAAUCGCUUUACUAUGGGUCAAAAUAUGGCAAUUAUCUGGAGUACCGCUCCUUUGGAACCUGAUGAUGGUGAUUUCGCCUCUCGCAUACAAAAAUGGUUUGAUGAAGUACAAAAAUAUCAAUUUGGUGAUGCUUGGUCAUCGAAAACUGGUCAUUAUUCUCAGUUGGUUUGGGGUGAAACCAGUUUGGUGGGUUGCGGUUUUACGGAAUAUAAAGAUACCACUAAAUAUAAUAAAUUAUAUGUUUGCAAUUAUGGUCCAGGUGGCAACGUUGUUGGCUUAAAACCUUAUGAAGUUGGUAAACCUGCCUGUUCGUCGUAUGGAAUGAAACCAUCACCACGUUAUCAGGGUUUAUGUGCUGCUCCCGAGGGCUCAACGGGAUUUAGCAGCAAUUCAAUUGAAACGUAUGAAAACAACAACAACAAUAACAAAGCGUCCUACAAAGUACGACAAACGCAACAACAACAACAACAACAGCAUCUUCAAUUACAACAGCAAACCACGUCAACAGCUACGAAAAAAAUAUCAACCUACGGAAGCUACUCGUUCGGCUCCAAGACAUACGGCGGCUCACAGACGUUUACCACAGAGACAUCGCAACAGCAAUAUAAUAAAUACCGGAAUAAACUUGAGGCCUAUAAACCAUCACCAGAGGAAUUUAAGAGAUCCGUAUUCAAACAUACUGUACUACGGUCAUCUGUAGAUCAAGAGCAACAAUCUGAACAACAGCAGCAGCAACAAGAAAAUGUAUACAAUACUACACCACCAGCUAAAAGAGGUUGGAGUUUGUUGACAUGGCGUGGUUAAUAGUGUUCCACAAUCUCACCAUUUUAAACGUAAUAUUCAUACAAAAUUCAUACCUUCACCUUCACCUUUUCUUAUCAUAUUUUAAGAUUUUAUUUUUUUAACAUUAUUUUUUUAGAAUUUUAGAAAUUGUCUGGCUCCCUUUAUAAAAAGAAAUUAUUAUAUUUUUCAAAUUAAAUUACUACUGUGUAGUACAGAGUAGGGAGUUAUGAAUUUAACUUAAUCAUUUUUAUAAAUUUUUAUUUUUAUAUACAAAAUGUUGUUCAUAAAACAAACUAAAUAAAUUUUAAUAUUAGAAAAUUUUAUAAGCAAAAACAAAACAUAGUAGCGCCAUCAACCACAAAACAUAUAACACAGUGGCAACACUGUUACAAUAAAAUGCUGUCAAUGUAUUCGAUUUAAAACAAUAUUAAACCACUGUUUAACUAAAAAAAAAACACUUUUAAGUCCUCACCAAUGUUGCCACACAUAACCACCACAUUACUACUCCAAAAUUGCCAUAUUGUAUCAAUCAUCAAUGUUUAGAUUUAAUCGCAAAAAAAAACUAUCAAACUCUUUUAAAUCAUUAAACAAAAUUAACUACACCCCUUUUGUUAAAAUUAGUUUCUAAGUAGCGUCCACUUUUAUUAAGGUGUUUAAAAAAAAUUAUUUUAAAAAUUUGGUUCAACUUUGAAGAAAAAGUAUUUUAAUCUAAAAACCAAAUUUAACCAAUCACAUUUUUAAUAUCUCUAACAAGUAUUUUUUGUUUAUUAUCAAAUUUAAUUAACUAACAUUUAUAUAAAACAACAAAGUAAAUCAAAAAUAAACUCAAAACUCUGUUAAAGAAGUGUUCAAUGCACUGUGUAUCAAACGAAUGUUUGUAUCAAAUAUUUGUUAUAUAAAAGAAAAUUUUAUGUAAAAAAUUUUGUAAUUUUCUUAAGAGAAACAAAAAUAUUUUUACAAUUCAAUAAGCAUUA